AUGUCGCAACCUCCCACGAUUCCUCCUCGCCCUUCCAGGAGUUCAGAUCGUCCUGCCCAGGCCGAAUCCCAACCAAUGCACGGCAUUCCCGAGAUUGGCCAGCAGGUGCCCUUGAACCCCCAUCUUGGUGAUGUCCAGGCCCCUUCGCCGGCUCCCAGUUCCCACGCCCAAGAGUCCGCCAGGUCGCACACCCCUCGCCACCACGGACGCAAGCUGAGUUCGCGCGGCUACCCCGAUGCGCCUCCCGGCAGCUACGGCCUUCACGGCCACGGCACGCCCAGCAACGACAAGUUUGAGCGUGCUUGGUACGAGAAGCACCCCGAAUCGAAGAAGAGGGAAUCGCAAAUCUCCCUCCACGAUCGCCAGAAUGACUUCGCCAUGAGCAGCACCGAUCUCAACAAGAUUGUUCGUGACACCCGCGAGGCGGGCGUAGGCACCUCUACAAACUACACCGGAACGCCCAGCGAAGAGGUUGGAUACCAGGCGUCCGAAGAGUACGCGCAUCGCAUGCACUCCCGCCCGGGUUCUGCCGCCCCCAGGUCCCCGGAGCUGCGUCGCGCUUCUACCCCGCGCAAGGACUCCCCCGCCCCGGCCUCCGCUUCUGUCGCUGUCGAUGAUGAUGGCGACGUCAUUCAUGUCGAUGCCGACCACAACCGCAGCAGGAGCUUCCUCAACAGCCGCGAAAACCUUGCUCAGGAGGAGGAGUACAACACCCCCAUCCUUGCUGCCGACGAAGUCGCCAAGAACCCUCACCACUACAACAAGGACGCCGCCGUCCCUGCCGACCGUCGCGGUAGCUUCCUAGAUGAUGAGAACGCCAGCCGUCCCAACAGCCGCCCCUCCAGUCUGUAUCACCACGGCUCGCAGUCCCAAGUCGAGCUGACGUCGACCCCGCUGGAGGACGUCACGGAAUACGAGCCUCUGUUUCCCGAAGAGGAGGAGCAGAAGAGGAAGGCUGCUGCCAAGGCGAACCAGCCGCGCCACAAGUUCCCUAGCAAGGAUAUCUGGGAAGAUGCCCCCGACAGCGUCAAUGCGACGGCCAUGGUCUCGACGCCUGAAUUCGAGGAGGAAGAGUUCAUUCCGUCGCACCACGAAGUCAUCCGUACCGAGACACCGGCACAGGCCUUUGCCAGGCAACAAGAGGAACUGGCCGAAAAGGAGUCACGUCAGUCGCCCGAGAGCUAUGGUCUCCGCCAGACGCACGUGCCCAGGCCUCACCCAGUCCAGCGAAUGAAGUCCCAUGAGGCGCGGCCCCAUGCCAAUCGCUUCCCCAGCCGCGAUGUCUGGGAAGACACGCCAGAGAGUCUGAUGCAUGAGACCACCGUCGACAGCCCCGACCCCGAGUCUGCCGAGCCGAACGAGUCGAACAACGCCAAUGAUGAGCCCUCUGCCACCUCGAGGCCUGCAGUGCCUGCUCGCCCGCAAAAGAAGCUCUCCACUGACAAGCCCACGAUUCCCGAGAGACCCAAGCCAAGCUCGACACCGAGCGACGAGCGUCUCAGGCCAGUCAUCUCCGACAAGCCGAAGCCUCAGGUGCCGGCACGCCCCACCAAAACUUUGCCCUCGGGCGUUGAUUCCAAGGAGCAGGAUGCUGCGCCGAGGCAAAAGCCGGCGGUGCCUGCUCGCCCCGUCGGCAGCAAGAUUCAGGCCCUGCAGGCCGGCUUCAUGUCGGACCUCAACAAACGGCUGCAGCAAGGCCCACAAGCCCCCGCCAAGAAGGAGGAACCCCCGGCGGCAGACAUGGUUGAGGAGAAGGAGAAGGCACCGCUCGCCGACGCUAGGAAAGGCCGCGCCCGCGGUCCUCAGCGCCGGGCCCCUGCGGCGAAGAGCCAGUCGCAGGCCGCGGAUCACAGGUCCAGUGGGCCCACGUUGAGCUUCUCGCCCCUGAGGACGUGUUGGAGCAUCGGUGAUGAUGGUAUCCUUGAGAUCGAGAACAGCAAACCUCAGCCAAAGAAGGAGGAGCCCGAGAUCGAGGCCGCACCCGAAGCCGCUGAGGAGGAGUCUGUGCCCGAACCAGUGUCCAAACCAGUGUCCAAACCCGUCGAGCCUGCCUCGACAGCAUUCGAAGCUGCCGAGAAGGGGGUCGACAGCUUUGUGCCGAGCGAGAAGCUAGAGCCCGAAACUGCCACGACGAGUACGGAGCAGCAGGUCUCUCCCGAGGCGACAAAACCUCAGGAGACCGAUCCUGCGCCUGUCGAGGAGCCGACGGAGCAGGUCAAGACGCUGGCCAGCAACACGGCUGGCGAGCCGAUCCUGGAGGCGCAGAUUCAGCAGGCCGAGGAGGUGAAGCCUGUCGCGGUUCAGCAGCUGGGUGGCGAGGCCGCGUGA